UCAUUUCGUAUAUCACCUUAGCAGUAGUCGAUGUGCAACCUGUAUAUCUUUAAUCCUGGUGAUAAUGUAUGUCACGCCCACUGGAGACUGUGUUCAAGGCCAGAGACACCCGAUUUGGCCAAUGUCAGACGACAGACAGUGUCUGUCUCCUGAUAUUAUUCACUCUGUGGUGCUUAAAUAUGUCUUAUCCUUUUUAUCAUUGAACGCAUAGAUCGUUGACUUUAGAUAAUAAUAUUUUACAGAAUUAAAUUUUUUAUAAAAAAUAGUAUUGAGUAGUGACACAGAAAUCUUAUGCUAUAGACUUCAGAAUUAUGUGCUUUUGGUAAUUUUGUUUAUCUAGUAACCUGUGCUUUAUACUACGUUAUAAUUAUUUAAGAAAACUUAAAUUAAUAAUUAACAUGUGUUCGUAAACGUAACAAUGGACAAUUUUUCAAAAUCAUUGGAUAGUUUUUUAAAAAAUAAAUUUAUUCGAUAUGGAUUACCAUUUAUUUUAUUAGUUGUUGGAGGAUCAUUUGGCUUAAGAGAAUUUUCACAGAUUCGAUAUGAUUAUCGAAAAGUUAAGUUCAUUAGUCCUGAAGAACUUAAGAAACAAGGUAUUGAAAUGAAACCUCGUGGCAGCAUCACAAUAGAAACUGAAUAUAAAAAGCUUCUGGAACAAGUUAAUCUCGAAGACUAUAAAAAUAAGAGAAUACCAAGACCACCCGGAUUUGAAGACUGAAAUAAAACUAUAUUAAAAAAUUUUUUUAGCAUGUUUUUAUUCUAACAAAUAACAAAUAAAUGUGUUGUAAUAUAAUAAUUAUCUUUGUUAA